AUGGAGUAUAUCCAGACCUCCCUGUACGGUGACCCGCUUAGGGGGCUUGCCUUGGCUAAUGCUGAAAGUGACGACGGUGGCACUUUGAUCUCCCAUGUCAGAGCAGCAAUCGACGAAUGGAGUGCAGCCGACGCCGCAUGGGCGGUAGGCGGUGCAUGGCUCCUGGCAAUGACUGAUGAGGUGGCGUCUCUCAGCAACUUUGGGGGCGACGCUGUCCGGAUAGCUCCAGCCUUUAUCUCAAUCCAGACGCCCAGUGCCGUUAAAGCACUGUACGAGACGGGCUCACAGUUUGAAAAGGGCAUGUUCUACACAAGAGGUCCGGUCAAAAAGCAGGCGUUGAUUAGCAUUGCGUCGGCCACUGAGAAACACGUCCAUGCACGUAAGAAGCGCCUCAUCUCCCAUGCCUUCAGCGACGCAGCGCUUCGCUCGUACGAAGGGAUCCUGGCGGAUAAAGUCGGUCUGCUAUGCCACCAGCUCCAGGACACCACCAGCUUUGACGGCGAGUUCAAGAACAUGUCGCGAUGGUUCUCUUACCUGACCUACGACGUCAUGGGCAAGCUGGUGUUCGACCACGAGUACAACAUGCUGACUAGCGACGGCGACCACUACAUCCUCGACGUUAUCGACGCAUUCCAGCACGGGCAGGUCAUCCUGGGCACGGUGCCACGGAUCGAACAAUGGGGUCUGGCGCCCCUGCUAUUCGUCAAGGUUAUGGCGAGCAUCAUGAAGUUCAGGAAAUACGUCGAUGGCCAGGUCGCCCAGCGUAUCGCCGAUGAGAAGGCAGGAAAUGGAUCUGAUGACAUCUUCAGGCUGCUCCUGAAUCACCGCGACAAGGCGACUGGCGAGCAUAUGGACUUUAAGGAGCUCUCUGACGAGGCGGUGGUGCUCAUCAUUGCUGCCAGCGAUACAACAGCCACUGCUCUGGCUGCCAGCUGCUUCUACUUUGCUCGGUACCCCGAGUGCUACAGUAAGGUUCAAGCAGAGGUGCGAGAUGCCUUUCCUUGCCAAGACGACAUCAGGAAUGGGCCCAAGAUGCUGGGCUGUCGAUAUUUGCGCGCAUGUGUCGAAGAAGCCCUCCGUAUGUGCCCGGUAGUUCCAGGCCAUCUCCCCCGAGAGACUCCUGUGAGUGCCUCCAUAGAUGGCUAUACCGUCCCAGCUAGGGCUUAUGUGGGCGUGCCAGGCUGGAGCAUGCACCGCCAUGAAGCCUACUUCCCUAACCCAACCAUCUUCAGGCCGGAGCGCUGGCUAGACGCGUCCGACGAGGACCUCGCCCGCCUUCGCUCAGUACACUUCCCAUUCAGCAAGGGGCCCCGUGCCUGCAUCGGCAAGAAUCUAGCCUACAACACCAUUUACUUGACUCUGGCCCGUAUAGCCUAUAUGUAUCAUAUCAAGUCAAGGGAUCCCCUGCCCCUAGAGUUCCAUGUCAAGGACCACUUCGCCGCUGGUGGGAAGGAAGGACCCUAUCUGAAGUUCACCCCAACCAAUGCAUGA